AUGGGGAACCCCGGCGGGCCGGGCACGGGCAGGGGCGCGGCGGCGCUGGCGGGGGGCUCGCUGCUCAUCGCGGCGGUGCUGGCGGGCAACUCGCUGGUGUGCGCGGGCGUGGCCUCGGCGCCCGCCCUGCAGACCCCGACCAACCUCUUCAUCCUGAGCCUGGCGGCCGCCGACCUGCUGCUCGCGCUGCUGGUGCUCCCGCUCUUCGUGUACUCGGAGGUCCAGGGAGGCGUCUGGCUGCUGGGCCCGGGCCUCUGUGACAUGCUCAUGACCAUGGACGUUCUGCUGUGCACAGCCUCCAUCUUCAACCUGUGUGCCAUCAGCGUGGACAGGUACUUAGCCGUGGCCUCGCCCCUGCGCUACCACCGCCAGGACGGACGUGCUCGGCCGCUGCUUCUCAUCGGUGCCACAUGGCUGCUGGCCGCGCUGGUGGCAGCGCCGGUGCUGCUGGGCCUCAACGACACACACAGCCGGGACCCCGCCACCUGCCGCCUGGAGGACCGCGACUACGUGGUGGCCUCGUCCGCCUGCUCCUUCUUCCUGCCCUGCCCGCUCAUGCUGCUGCUCUACGGGGCCACGUUCCGGAGCCUGCGGCGUUGGGAAGCCGCACGUCGCGCUAAGCUUGUGCAAGGCCCCGGGGUCCGAUCCCUGCAGGAGCCCCGUGACCCUGUCCCCCAGAUCCCGCACACCCAGGACUGCUCACCCCGCGACCUCGUCCCUGCAGGGUCUGGGCUGCAGGCGGGCAGGAGGCCACGGGCCAGGCUCACGGUCCGGGAGCGCAAGGCCAUGAAGGUCCUGCCGGUGGUGGUCGGUGCCUUCAUGCUGUGCUGGACGCCCUUCUUCGUGGUCCACACCACGCGCGCGCUCUGUCCCGCCUGCGCUGUGCCCGCGGGCCUGGUCAGCGCCGUCACCUGGUUGGGCUACGUCAACAGCGCGCUCAACCCACUCAUCUACACGGCCUUCAACGCCGAAUUCCGACGCGUCUUCCGCAGGACCCUGUGCCUGCCGUGCUGA